UUUGUGACCGAGAAGUCUCUCAUAGGAGGUGUCUCUGGAAGUUAAUUUGUGCUAAAGGACCUUGAAUUAGGAUGAUUGUGUUCUUUUUUGUGGUUUGUGUAGUGCUAUUCUGCUGCAUUGAUAUCCAAAAACCUAAAGGAUUUCCUCCAGGACCUAAAUGGCUUCCAAUUGUUGGGAAUUUUCCUCAUAUUUUCUGUCUCCGAAAGUCUCUAAAGUACCAUCAUCUGAUAUGGAAGCAUCUUAGUGAAGAAUUUGGGAGUAUUGUAGGUCUGAGGUUGGGCAGGGAUCGUCUAAUUGUAGUGUCCGGAUGUGAGGCAAUCCGGGAAUUUUACAAUCGAACGGAAUUCGACGGAAGACCCAAUGGAUUCUUCUACAGAGUGCGCUCCUUUGACCAGAGACUGGGUCUUGUGUUCACAGAUGGUGAGCCAUGGGAGAUCCAGAGGAGAUUCUGCAUGAAAACCCUGAAGCAAUUGGGAUUUGGAAAAUUCAGCAUGGUUAAAAGGAUUGAGAAAGAGGCUGAGGAAAUGAUAGAGCACUUUUGGCUGAAAAACCAAAGAGAUGGAGCAAUUUUCAUGCACAAUGCCUUUGAUAUAUGUGUCCUCAAUGUUCUGUGGUCCCUAAUGGCGGGCAAGCGUUUUGAUCUAGAAGAUGAGAGACUUACCAGACUCAUGAAGCUUAUUCAUGAGAGUUUUAGGAUUAUCGAUAUGUCUGGUGGGAUUCUAAAUCAAUUUCCUGGAAUUAGACAUAUUCUUCCCAAUUUAUCCGGAUACAGACCUCUUAUUGAGACCCUCAGGCCCCUUUGGACCUUCCUGAGAGAGACAAUUGAUGAGAUCAAAAUUCUAAAACCAGAUCAUGAACCCAAGAGUCUAAUAGAUGCUUAUGCCAGGGAAAUUAAAUCAACGCAAAAUCCUGAUUCAACUUUUACAGAAGAUCAAUUACUUUUCCUCUGUUUGGAUAUGUUUCAAGCUGGAUCAGAAACCACCAGCAAUACCUUAGGAUUCUCCCUUAUUUACAUGCUGCACUACCCUGAAGUUGCUAAACGAGUGAAGGAGGAACUCCGGAUAGUUGUUGGGUUAAACUUCCUACCGAAGCUUGAACAUCGUUCCCAGCUUAAGUACACUGAGGCAGUUCUCUGUGAGAUCAUGAGAUGUGUCAAUGUAGCUCCUCUAGCGAUUGUCCAUCGGGCAACGGAAACUGUGAAGCUCCUUGGAUUCACAGUUCCGAAAGAUACCUUAGCUCUAGUUUCACUUUAUAGUCUUCACAUGGAUGAAAAGACAUGGAAGAACCCUAAACAGUUCUGUCCUGAAAGAUUUCUCGAUAGCAACAAUCAAUUAAUAAACCACGAGGGAUUUCUUCCUUUUGGAUCAGGAAGACGUCGAUGUAUGGGUGAAAAUUUAGCAAAAUCUAGCCUUUUCAUUUUCUUUGCAACAUUUAUGCACGUUUUCGAGAUGAAAUUACCCGACAAUGAACCAGAAAUGCCUGAUCUUGAUGGUGUUGAUGGCAUAACACUUUCUCCAAAGCCCUAUCGUGUCAUUCUAUCUCGUUGACAAUGAAUUUUACUCUGAUUCUUCCAAAGGGAAGUUCAUUCAGUGGCUAAUCGUGUGCAAAAGUUUCAUAAGUAGACGUAAAUUGAUAGCAAUUGACUGGGAGACACAUUGCUUUCUAUGUGGGUUUAUUUCUUCAACAGGGUUAGACUUAAGAAAAUUUAUUGUAAUAAUGCAUUUUUUUUAAUGCAAAUAAACUGUUUUUGGUGCUUAA